GUGAUAACAAAAUAAGCUUUUUCACCAUCCUGUCUACUGAUUAUUUCCGAAUAUUUUUGAAAAGUUACAGAUCUAGAAAUCUUGCUUUAAAUAAAUAAUUACUGUGUCGAACGCACCAAUAAUUUGAGAGAUGCUUGACCUUCAAGUGCAACCACCUCCAUGAGGUCUUUUGGUAACAACAGCUGAUUGCAGUAACAUAGUUUUCAAGUCCCCAUAUACUCACAAUCUUUUGUGUAUAAAGUAGCAUCUGAACAGCUCAGUCAAAAUGAGCGACGAUAAUUCAGUUUUGGAAAAGUUUGUAUCAGAGAACGAUUGCAACUUUGAUAUCGACAAUGUUGAUUUUAAAACGAAGGAGGAAAUAUUGCAAGAAUGCCGUAAAAAGUUUGAGGACCAUACCGUUUCUGGAUUGCAUACUUGUCUUUGUUGUUUGCGAAUAUUGACGCGCGACAAUAUCCUGCGGAAGGAACUUACAUCCGAGUUUUUUUUAUCCCAACUCUUCAAAUAUGCCUUCGAAUAUAACUACAACCUUGAGUAUUCUAAAACUAGUCUAGAAGCUCUAAAAUCUCUUUCCAAUAUUGUAUUUAAAGAGCCAUGUGUCAUAGGACCACUUAAGACCAUGGGUUUCAUUAAAAAUGUGCUAGAAAGUGUGGAUAUCCUCAUUGAAACUGAAGAUAAUGAGAAGCUCCUGUUAUGUCUUAAGCUUCUUUUUCUUGUUACCGCUCUGGAUUCAGCUUCAAGACAAGAACUAAUGGAAUCCAACGCUCUGCGAAUGCUUGUGAGAGUUGUGAAUAUGAAAAGAUCAAACAUAACCGAUUCGAAUGUUUCAGCAGAAGCACUUAAAGUUGUAUAUAACGUACUCUACUCAACUAGAGACGAAGAUAUAACUAAAGAGUUAGGUGAUGACAUACAGAAUCUGGUGGUAAUGUUGAGGUGCAUUUUACAAGAUCCAGUAUUGGAUGAAUUCACUAAUUAUGCUUUGGUCAGCCAGGUGGUCAACGUAUUGAACAUCAUUCCGAAACAUUUAUACAAAUACCUUUUAGAUGAAAAUUCUAGAGAUCAUGUCACUGAUAGCUCAAUCAAAGAUUCGGCUUCAGAAAACAAAACAAAUGUGAUGUCUACAAUUGAAAUUUUGAUAGUCUUUCUUCACUCACAGCUUAAGUUGGAUGCUCGUAAGGAAUCCGAAACUGCUAACGAUAUACGAACUGAUGAAAGGAUUUGUCCGAUUUUGAACUGUCUUACGCGAGCAAGUAAAUCAAAUCGUCAGAUCAGAAAAUUUUGUCGCUUAAGGGUACUACCUUACCUGGGUAAGGAUGUUAAACGCCUACCAGAAGAUGGCGAUAAUAUAAGAAAUUACCUUUGUAAAUUGCUAACACAUCCAGUUCAAAUUGUCGGUGAAUCAGCAGCCUUAUUUAUCUUUGUACUUUGCAAGGAAAACAGUAAGUAGAAUUAUUAUGUUGUUAGCGAUUUCACUUCAAUAAAUUAUUAUUCACUUUAUAUAUCCUGUAACAUUCCUUAACUAGCUAUGUGAUAUGUGCAUUCCGAUGGUUUUGUUUUAACUUUCAGUGUAGAUAACUUUAAAACAGAUUUUUGACAAGGUUUAAGAAAUGUUUAAAGGAACCAUGAAAGCUGUUUCGCUACUAUACCGCUGUGCUUUAAAAGACCAGAAUACAAACAACAAGUAUAUUGCUAACGAAAUCAGGAUUUCACCUGAAGUUUAAUUAAACAUUGUCUUAUUCUGUUAUAUAUUCAGAAAAUUUGCAAAAUGGAAUUAGUCAUGUCGAUUUUGGGAUUUUUUGCAUUAUAUACUUACAUCUGUUACUCCUCAUGGAGAAACAGACGUCGCAAACAGCAUUCGCCAUUCAACUCUGUCCUAGGCAGUAUAUUCCAGUUGCUAUUCAUCCUUUUGAUGUCGGCAUUCAAUUCUCGGAACAAUGCGUUCUUCGACAUUCCUCUUUACCACUUUCCCUUCAGAAUUUCAAGUUGGCGCUUGCCUCGUAACUCAAUUUGAUGACUUCCGCAAUUUGGACGAGCAGUGAAAUACACGGGCUUUGGAAAUUUCGCUGGAUUUUUAGCACGUCAUGCUUUACUUGGGAAAACAUCAAAGGUUAAUAGAGAAUCUAAUUGUAAUGUCGAGUCAGAUGGUGAAUAUUCUGCUACAUCGACGGAAUCAGAAACGGAAGAAUAUAAAAAGUUGAAGGAAGAUGUGAACCCUGUAACAGGUCGAUGGGAAAUCCCACAACCGAACCCAAUGGAAAACAUGUCUGAAGAACAAAAGGAAUAUCUUGCUAUGGACUUAGUACAGAAAAUCGACAAACUUGAGAGAUCUGGAUUAAUUCAACCAGGAACUAUCGGUGAAGAUGGUCGAGUGAGGCCUGUAAAACAUGUACUUGAACUUAUUCAGACAAAAGAAGAUGAUCAAAAGUCAGACGAAUCUGUAAACUAGGGAAGGAUAGGUUGAAGAGCUUUUGUGUGUGCAAUAAGGUUAGUGUAUCAAAAACCGAAGUCUGUUUUGGACAUCCACCAAAAAAACAACUGAAUAAUACAGGCCGUUGUGCAUUUGAUUGUUUUUUGAAUUGCUUUGAUGACAACUGUUGAAUACAAAAAUCAAAAUUUUAAUUUUAC